AUGCAGCGCGGAGUCGGAGACGUAUCUGAUAAUAUCCGCGACCUACAAACCACGGAGAGGCUCCUACGUGCCGUGGGGACCUUGGCUGGCUACGGUGAACUCAGGACAGAUGUGCCAAUUUCUGGAGACAACCUGGCUAUCAAAGACGCGCAUUCAACAUUACAGACGCUUGCUGCACCUCUCACGCAGAAAUUCGCCAGCCGGAGCUGGAGGGGCACCUCAAAUUAUCUUCUGAAGCGGAGACUUCUCAUUGCUCACGCAGUCGCUCUUCCAAAGCGGCCAGUCAUCGACAGCACCUAUCCGAACGACAAUAUACUGAAUUUGGAUGCAGAUGUGGAGCUGCCGGUGCCGGCUUGGCGAUUGCUGCUGGCGUACGCUUUGCGGUAUACCACUACAAUUCGCCCGCGAUGGCUAUCUGAGCCCGAUUCGCCAUAUCUAAACGCAAGUUCCAGCGAACGCCGUGUUGGGGCAUCCGAGUUGAAGAAUCUCAUUGCCCUCGUAUGUGCUCGUUAUUCCAAGGAUACUCCUGAAGCUGGUCUAUACCGGCCGUACGAGAGUGCCGCACCUCUUCGGGACAUCUGUCGGCACCACGCAGAUGUGAGGGAAAACCUCACCAAAUUUUUGUGCGAUCUUCUGCGUUCCAGAGAAGCGCAGCUUGCCACGAAUCUUAUAGACGUUUGCAUACAAUCGCAUUCAUCUAUCCCUGCGUCUUUGCUCGAGUUGGCUUUGGUCCAAUUCCGCGAAGGCAUCGCUCGUCUUCCUCAACAGAGGGAAAUCGGUUACCAGGUCACUGGAAUUUUGAACGAAGAGGUCGACUCUUUAUUGGGGCAGCUAAAGGUUCUCAUCAACUAUCCGGCGUAUCGCGUAGUCGAGGACCACUCGGAGGUCACUGGCCUAUGUUAUUGCCAUCUAGUGAAGUGCGCGCGGGAUGACGUUCAGCACGAGCCCGUCAUAGAGCAUACAGCAAUGUUCGGUGAUGUCGCCCAUCUUCUAGAUGCUGUACAGAUAAUCCUCGAUAUCACCUGCGACCUGGCAUAUCCUGUCAACGAUCUUCACCAGCUCGUCAAAAUUUCGCACCCCCUCGAAAAGCUCCACAAGCACUCAUUCCUCCCCACCCUGCACACGAUCCUGCUUCGCAGAGAUUGUACCACGCUCUUUCUGCCAGGGAUAUACAGCAGCAUUCUUCGCGUGAUGACAGCGUAUAUCCGGGCGACGAUGGCGAUCGCAUGUUCGCCCGACGAUUUGAAGGAAACCAGGAAGGCCAAGGACGUCGUGGAUGCCUUGCUCACGGAGGCGAACAUAGCUUUCAUGGUAUCUCUCUGCGACCGGACCGCCGCAGCGGAAUGCGACAGGACUCCCUUCGAACAAGCACUGCAGAGUGUAUAUUGGUGCACUAGGUCGAGGCCGGUUUGGCGUGCAGCACAUGCCCGUCUAAUUGGGAUGCUGCACAGCGGCAACGCGGUGCGGCACACACCAGAUCUUCCUUCUCGCCAGCUGUCCCUUUAUCUGUCUCUUCAACAAUUCGCGUAUCUGAGGGUCACGGCUCUUCGCACCCUCGAGCCGCACGAGCAACGGUCACAGAAAGGUUGGGAAUCAUGCUUCGGCCAUACGUAUGUCUAUUGCUCAGCGACAUGGCUCAAAAGCCUUGAUCACCGCCACGGGGACGCGUCGCCGCUCGAUUACUUGGAGUUGGAUGGCCAACCUGUCUAUGGUCCAUACGCUGUCGAGUUUUCAAAUAUAGACUUCUGGUUGGUGCUGCAACGUGGUAGUUGGAGCUUGGAGAGUACGCUUUCCCUUGUGGAUUCCGAUGAAUCAGUCUACUCGGGAUUUGUACCUUACAAGGACUCCAUCGAGUCGGCGGAUGCUGGUCAUUGUAGCCACGACGACCACGACGAAGGUGUAGAUAGCCCGGCAUCUGGUAAAGCAUGA